CCACCCACCGCUGGACCACAUUGAAAUGGGUCUGAUGUUGUUGUCAAACAGUACAGUGCUCCAAGCAUCCCUCCACUGAUCCUUCCAGCGGGAGCAUCUCUGAAGACAGGCAACGACGAAAGCCUUUACUCCACCGGUGCAAUAAAAGCAGCCAAAUCAGUGACAGUGUUCCAGUAACUCCCAGUCAGAACCAUUAAAGAGCGCCAGUGUAGACGCGUCUCCCAGUGCGGCUGAACAUGGGACAGCCUUGUCACUCACCAAUGUUGAUGUUUCUCCUCUGCUCCGUUGUUCAGACAAACGCAUGGGCAACAUGUGGAUCCAAGCAGUUCCAGUGUGGGAACGGGAAAUGCAUCACGGUCAGAUGGGUGUGCGAUGGCACGGACGAUUGCGGAGACGGCACUGAUGAACUUCCUGGUACCUGCAUGGCCAAAACGUGUAGGCCGACAGAGUUCAGCUGCGGGGACCGCCUGAACCAGUGCAUACCGAGCACCUGGCGCUGUGAUGGAAAAGCUGACUGUGAGAACGGAGCUGAUGAAGAGAGCUGUGCGCCGAAGAGGUGCACAAGCGGAGAGUUCCGCUGCGGGAAUGGCCAGUGUGUGUCGACUUCCUUUGUGUGCGACGACGAGGCGGACUGCGACGACCGCAGCGACGAGGCCUCCUGCCCGCCCAUCACCUGCAGUGGUAAGUCCUUCCAGUGCAACAACUCCAUCUGCCUACCCCGCCUGUGGGCCUGCGACGGCGAUGCUGACUGCUCCGACGGCUCAGAUGAGUGGCCCCAGAACUGCGGCACGACGGCGCCCGACUCUGCUCCUGCACACCAGUGCUCAUCCCUGGAGUUCCGCUGCUCUAAUGGGGAGUGCAUCCACAGCAGCUGGAAGUGCGAUGGGGGAGCCGACUGCGUCGAUCGAUCGGACGAAGCAGACUGUGCACGUUCCACCUGCCGUCCCGAUGAGUUUGAAUGCGGCGAUGGCACCUGCAUCCACGGCAGCCACCAGUGCAACCAUCAGUACGACUGCAGGGACAUGAGUGACGAAAUGGGCUGCGUCAAUGCGACCCAUUGUGAUGGACCAAGCAGGUUCAAGUGCCGCAGUGGGGAAUGCAUAAGCAUGGAGAAGGUGUGUGACAUGAAGCGUGAUUGCAGGGAUUGGUCAGAUGAGCCUCUUAGGGAUUGUGGCUCCAACGAGUGCCAGUACAACAACGGCGGCUGCUCUCAUAUUUGCAAUGACCUGAAGAUCGGCUUCGAGUGCCUGUGUCCCGCUGGGUAUCACCUGGUUGAGAAUAAGCGCUGUGAAGAUAUUGACGAGUGUGCCAACCCAGACACCUGCAGCCAGAUCUGCAUCAACCAGAUCGGCAGUUACAAAUGCCAGUGCGAGGACGGUUACCAAGUCGACCCAGCAACCAAAGCCUGCAAGGCCAUCGGUACAAUAGCUUACCUUUUCUUCACCAACCGCCAUGAAGUCAGAAAGAUGACUUUGGACAAAAGUGAGUACACCAGAGUAAUACCCCGUCUAAAGAACGUUGUGGCUCUCGACAUGAACAUGGUCGCCAAGGAGAUCUACUGGUCGGACAUCUCCCAGAAGAAGAUCUACAGAGCUCCGGUGGACUCGGCCGAAGACCCCGCUCAUCACAGCGUGGUGAUCGGCAGUGACAUUGAUGCUCCUGAAGGCAUCGCUUUUGACUGGAUCCACGGUAACCUGUACUGGACUGACAGCAUUCGCGGCACCGUCUCCGUGGUAACUUCUGAGGGUGGGCGCCGCAAGACUCUCUUCCACCAGAACCUAUCUAAACCUCGCGCUAUUGUGGUUGACCCCCACAGCAACUUUAUUUACUGGACUGACUGGGGGAAUCCUGCUAAGAUUGAGAAGGCGGGUCUUAAUGGAGGAGACCGCACCGCUCUGGUCACUGACAACAUUGUGUGGCCUAAUGGAAUUACAAUUGACCUGUUGAACCAGCGGCUCUACUGGGUGGACUCUAAGCUGCACACCCUCUCUAGUAUCGACACACAGGGCGGUGGUCGACGCACCAUCAUCAUUGAUGAACACAAGCUGGCUCACCCGCUGAGCCUCACUGUGUUUGAGGAGAGAGUGUUCUGGACAGACGUCAGUAACAGUGCCAUCUUCAGUGCAAACAGGCUGACGGGUGAUGACAUCACACCAGUGGCAGAGCACCUAUCAUCUCCGGAAGACAUUAUUCUCUACCAUAACCUCAAACAACCCACUGGGAGGGACUGGUGCCAGGUAUCCAGCUGUGAAUUCUUGUGCCUGGCAGCUCCUCAAGUGGGCAGACAUCCCCCCAAAUACACCUGUGUCUGUCCAGAUAACAUGAUGUUGGCCAGGGAUAUGAGGACAUGUGUACCUGCUGUGCCAACACCUACAGCUCCUGUGCAGCCUCAAGUGCCAGAGACCGACCCCCCUCCUCAGCCACCACAGCCAUCCAGCACCACAUCUAAGCCCCAGGUCCACACCACACCUAAGCCCCAGGUCCACACCACACCUAAGCCCCAGGUCCACACCACACCUAAGCCCCAGGUCCGCACCACACCAAAGCACCAGGUCCGCACCACCACAGCGCCCAUCAUAAUCACCAGCACCGCGGCCAGGCCAGUACCACGCAGCACCAAGCCUACUGUGAGGACCACCACACCUGAACCAAGGACCCCGCCAACCCAGCCGGCGAACCCUAAAAUACCCAAGACCACCACAGGGGCUCCAGUCACCUCUCCAGAUUUCAGUCAUGGGUUUGCUGCAGCUAUACCCAACGCCGCCUCCCCCGCCCCGAUGGCUUUGUAUAUUGCAUUACCUCUGGCGAUCGUUUGCCUGGUGGCUGUUGGUGGUGUGCUGCUGUGGAGGAACUACAGGCUGAAAAACACCAACACCAUUCACUUUGACAACCCAGUGUAUCAGAAAACCACCGAGGACCAAGUGCACAUUUGGAGGAGCCACAGCCCCGAUGGUUACUCCUACCCAAAAAGACAAGUUGUGAGCUUGGAUGAAGAAGCAGACAAUCCAGCCUUCAUGGAAAACUGAAAAAUGUCGAAGUGGAAAGAAGAGCCUCAACGAUAAGCUACCUUGGAUGUCCUUAUUGUAUUUUUUUUACCUCACACAGCACAAACAUAUGGAAGUCAAAGCCAGUAUCAGAACCACUAUAUCCUCACAGACAGCAAGCGCUCUACAGUGGACAAAAACAGGGUGAAACAUUAUUUUCAGGUCGCACAUUUUUUCUCCUUAAGUUGACAAUCCUGACCAAAUCAUACCAAAUCAGCAGAUGAUGGAUUCCUGAAUCUAAUUUUUUACCCGUUCUCUGAUGAUACAGCUGUCUUGUUUUUUCCUGCAUCAGUUUAAUUGAGCUCAUUAAAUACAACUUAUAAUUGGGAAUUCCCUCUAAUAUGUGUAAGGUAGAAUUCUCACAUGAUUUUUUUUCCAUGGAACAUUUUUAAAGCUUAUUUUCUUUUGGGCCACUCUCAUGUCUGUAUGUAUAAAUAUUAAGGUGCCACAAACAGACGGUUAGCUUAACUUAGCUCAAAGAAAGGAGAGUUGGAUCAAUCUUCUUAUCCAACUCUCGACAAGAAAGCAAAUAAGAGUAUUUUCCAAAAAGUUUUACAACUCCUUCAAUUAUGAAACUUGAGCUAGGAGGCGAUUAAACUUAACAUUAAGACUUGUUUUUUAUACUCUACUUUUUCUGUACGGAACAACAAAUGAAAACAAAUGUGUACCGUAUUUAGAGCGCUUUAGAGGUGCUGGAAGCUGUUUCCACUGUUUCCAGUCUUUAUGCUAAGCUAAGAUAAGCUAAGGUCUACACCCUAUGGCUCCAGCUGCAUAUGCAUACUUAACGCACAUACAUGAGAGUGGACUCAAUCUUCUCAUCGAACUAUCUGCCAAGAAGGCAAAAAUAUUUUCUCAAAUUUCUCUUUGUACCUUGGAAACAAGAAAAUCAGAACCUGACUUUUAUCCCAAGACAAAACCCCAACACUGAAGCGCUUUCAAAGUUGAGCCUACAGUAGGUGAACGUAGGCUUGUACUAAUGGGACAUCUGUGUGCCAGUUUAACCAGUGUGACAUUGAUAAAUCUCAAUAAUUUUGAGUUUAACACCAGUCUUUGCCUCAGUAGUGGAGCGACAACAUCACCCAAAGUGACCUAAAGACAAUGCUUCUUUGUUAACCACAAAGAAUGCACACUGUGUCAGUGCCUUGAUUUUUACUGUGCUCUGUGAUAGCCUUCAUAUCUCACAUACCAACAUAUGGUCACAACACAACGUUCCUCAGCAGCUGUCUUUUGUUUCAGAGUUCCUCCGAACACUUUUUCAGCUCCAUUCUCUUGAUUUGUGAUCGUCUGUCUGAGCACUGGAGAGCCAUCUUUAAAUUUCCAACCCCUAGGGGGGCCAGUGCAUUCCACGAACGCUGAAAGGCUUUGAUGCAACCACGUGUGAACAGUGGGGCCAUGUCUAAUGUUCUGUGGGGUGGCACAUGUACAUUAACAUCCUCCCUCAGGACCACAACGUGAACUUGCCUCCAGCAUUCCUGACAAAACAAAGCCAUGUGCUCUAUCAUGGUUUUAAAAACACAGUUCUCACCAGCUUUAUGAGCCCGUUUAUUUUAUCGCUGACAAAUGUGUGCCUUUUAAAUGAAAUAUUAUGUUCACAUGUACAUGUUGGUGCUAUUGAACUCAGUGGAUAUGUAUAAAAGCAUCAACUGUUUACAGUGCAUUAAUCAAGGGAAGUGUGUGAAUGUUACAUUUAGGUGAGGUUACAACCGGAAAAGACGUUAUUGUGUUGUGGAUUAAUGACUGUUGUGAGGCUUUCAGGUAGAUAUCUUUCAUAAGUGAAGCUGUAUAUAAUGUCAUUUUACAGUCACCGACUAACAGUGCAGAUAAAGUGUGUAAAUAUAAUGUUCAUAAAUGUAAAUAUUUGUUCUUAACUGUUUUUUUGGGGGUAAUAAUGUCAGCGUUUUAGACUCUGUUGUAAACUUUAAACAUUCUCUGUACAUAAAUAAAUGCUUCUAUUUAUUAUA